AUGGCCAUCUUCAAGAACCCCGCCGCUUUCUCCACCGUCUUCUACUACGUCUACGCCACCCUCUUCUCCCUCUUCAUCGCCUCCCCCGACGCCAACUUCAACGACAUGUCGUCCCUUCCGGCGGCCCCAUACGACGGCGGGCAGUGGAUUCUUCUCCACAAGAACAUCGGCGUCUCGGCAAUGCACAUGCAGCUUCUCAAGAACAACAAGGUCGUUCUCUUCGACCGCACCGACAUGGGGCCCUCCAACGCCACGUACCCUGACGGCGCCGUUCAGUGCCGCGGCUACUCCGUCAAGAACCGAACCGUAACGGACUGCACCCCUCACUCUCUCCUAUACGACGUCGCUUCCGACACCUUCCGAGCGUUAGUCGUCAACUCGGACACGUGGUGCUCUUCUGGUGCGGUGGACCCCAACGGAAAUCUCGUCCAGACCGGCGGUUACGGAACCGGCAUUCAGACGAUCAGGACCUUCUCGCCUUGCGACGACGACACGUGUCAGUGGGACGAGAUGGAGACGAAGCUGCUGGCGCAUAGGUGGUACGCGACGAACCAGAUUCUCCCCGACGGCCGCGUCAUCGUCGUCGGCGGGAGGCGGGCUUUCAGCUACGAGUUUUACCCCAAGGCGGACGACAUGUCGUCGAGGCUUUACUACAUGAGGUUCUUGUGGGAGACGGCGGAUCCUUACGAGGAGAAUAAUCUUUACCCGUUCUUGCAUCUUUUACCGGACGGUAAUCUUUUCGUCUUUGCCAACAACCGCUCGGUUCUGUUCAACUACACCAGCAACGCCGUCGUCAAGGAGUUUCCGGCGAUGCGCGGCGGAGUGAAGCGGUCCUACCCGGCGACCGGGUCGUCGGUGCUGCUCCCGCUCAAAAUGGACGCCGUUCUUGACGGGUCGGGUCGACCCGAAGUCGAGGUCUUGAUCUGCGGCGGGUCCUACGGCGGCGCUUACAACAAGUCGAAUCUGAACAGAGUGAAAGUCUACGUCGGCGCGUCGGCCAGCUGCGGCCGGAUCAGGCUCUCGGACCCGGACCCGGAAUGGGCCAUGGAGGAAAUGCCGCGGCCACGUGUCAUGGGGGACAUGCUGCUCUUGCCGAACGGUGACGUCAUCAUCCUCAACGGCGCGGCGAACGGUACGGCGGGGUGGGAGGACGCGAUCAACCCGGUUCUGCACCCGGUGAUGUACAAGACCUACGAACCCGACCCGAGACGCCGGUUUGUGACACUGAACCCGACGACGAUCCCGAGAAUGUACCACUCCUCGUGUCUGCUGCUGCCAGAUGGCAGGAUAUUAGUGGGCGGGAGCAACCCUCAUGAGAUGUACAACUUCCGGCGAGCUUUCCCGACGGAGCUCAGCCUGGAGGCGUAUCUUCCGCCGUACCUGAGCUCCACCGCGGCCCCUCUGCGCCCUACGAUCAUAUCCAUCGAAGCAAGGGAGAAUAUCGUAUCGUACGGCCAGGAAUUCUCCGUCAACUUCGGGUUGUCCGUGUACCGGCCUGACGUGGCGAUAUCGGUGGCGCUCGUCGCGCCGUCGUUUACGACGCAUUCGCUGGCCAUGAAUCAGAGGGUGGUGGUUUUGGAAGUCGCGAGUCUGAAGCGUUUGUCUGUUUUCGAUUACAAGAUCACGGCGCGGGGCCCGCCUUCGUCCACCGUGGCGCCACCUGGGUAUUACAUGGUGUUCAUUGUCCACGCUGGGAUUCCAGGUCAGGCUCUGUGGGUCAAGGUGCAGUGA